AUGAAGUUCAGCCUCAGUAUCGCAACCCUUCUGCUUUCCACCGGAUCCCUCGUGGCUGCCGAGUGCUUCGCGGGUGGCGCCGCCGGCAGCGAUGUCUGCCGAGGCUAUUGCGAGCCGAAUUCGGACGGAAGCGAUGGGGAAUACACCGGAGGUACGGUCAGCGAUGGCUCCACGGAGAACUGGUGCUAUUCUAAAAACAGCGGUGGCGGCCCUCUCAUCUGUGCGAGAGGCCUGGGAUGUGACCACGACGACAGCUAUGGUUGCUUGUCAAAGUCUGACGAUGAGAAACACGGAGGCUGCGGGACGAACGGAGCUUAA